AUGAAAUCCGCAAAAUUAAUUCUUGUGUUAGUAACUUUAUUUGCUGUUAUUUACGGCGCAUACGCAUAUUCAGAUAAGAGAGAUCCUCAGCAAAGCGGACCAGGAUCUUCUGGAAAUUCUAACAACGGACCUUUGACUAACUAUGGUCCUCAGCCAAACGGUCCGGGAUCGAUUAACAAUGGUCCUUCAACAAAUAAUAAAAAUGGACCUUCGACUAAUUCUCAGCAAACCGGACCAGGAUCUUCUGGAAAUUCUAACGGCGGAUCCUUUAUUAACAAUGGCCCUCCAACAAAUAAUCAAACUGGAACUUCCGUAAAUUCUAGCAGCACACCUUCAACCAAAGGAACUUCAAACAAUACUGCUACAGAAAACAACGGUUCUACCACUCUGUCUCCAAAUGGUGGAAAUAACAACGGAACAAAAGGAUCUGGAAAUACUACAACUACUACUCCUGGCAAUGCUGCCUCUUCUAAUUCAACAGGAACUAAUUCCUCAUCGGGAACAAACUCAUCAUCAGGAACAAGCCCAUCAUCAACAAACUCAUCAAAAUCAGGAACAGGCUCUUCAUCAUCAGGAACGGGCUCGUCAUCUUCAGGAACAGGCUCGUCAUCAUCAGGAACGGGCUCGUCAUCAUCAGGAACGGGCUCGUCAUCUUCAGGAACGGGCUCGUCAUCUUCAGGAACGGGCUCAUCAGGAUCCGCCUCUGGAUCUUCCUCAAGUAACGGCACACCUGGUAAAUCAUCUACCACAUCUUCAAGUAACAGCACUAAAUCUACGUCUGCAAUAAACGCAGCUUCGCCUAAUAGUCUCAGAAAAGAUAUUAAUCAUUACGGAUUUGCUCUCACUG